AUGUCGGCCAAGGUUCCUCGCAAUUUCAGGCUUCUCGAGGAGCUAGAGAAGGGCGAGAAGGGCCAAGGAGCGGAGGCAUGCUCUUACGGUCUGGCUGAUGGCGACGAUCUGAUGAUGACGAACUGGAACGGGACCAUUCUCGGACCUCCGCACAGCGUGCACGAGAACCGGAUAUACAGUGUCAACCUCCACUGCGGAGACGACUACCCUGAUAACCCUCCUACGAUACAGUUCGUUUCAAAGGUGAACCUUCCGUGCGUAGAUCCACGAACUGGAAAGGUGGACCCAUCAAAGUUGCCCUGCCUUGCGCAGUGGAAGAGAGAAUAUACCAUGGAGACUAUUCUUCUUGAACUUAGACGAUACAUGGCUCUGCCGCAGCACAAGAAGCUUCCGCAGCCCCCGGAAGGAACGACGUUCUAG